AAAUGUGCCAUCCAUAGGGAGCUUCUUAAAUAUUACUGUGCUGCAGAUGCCGCCUGUAUCUGUGUGUCCUGCAGGCUGGAUGGAGAACACCAGGGACACAAGGUGGAGACUCUGGAUGAGGCUUCUGAGAAGAAGAAACAGAAACUGAGAAACGUUCUGCAGAAACUGAUGACAGAGACAGAGAAGACGGAGAAAAGAGUCCAGAGUCUGCAGGAACGUAAGGGAAGAGUACAAGAAAAAUCAGCUGGUCUAACAGAGAGAGUCACUGCCCUGUUCAUAGAGCUCAGGAGACAACUGGAGGACCUGGAGAAGAGAGUCCUGAGGGAGAUCGCCAGCCAGGAAGAGCGGCUUUCAUGUCCAUUGUCUGAGAUGAUCCAUCAACUGGAGAUAAAGAAGAAGGAUCUGUCCAGGAAGAUGGGGGACAUUGAGGAGCUGUGUGUAACAUGACCGACCCCCUGACUGUCCUCCAGGAAUCAGACACAGGGGACUUGUGUGAUACUGAGGAGGGAGAUGAUGAGGACAGAGAGAGACAUGAUAGACUCCUCCAUGAUGGAGGGGAUCUGGAUGUGGCUGGAAUCUCACACACAUUACACACAGGGAUAUCUGAUAUGAUAAAAGGGGGAAAUGUAUGCUUCAAUAAUUACAGGAAGCUUCAGACUUAUUACUGGAUGUGAACACAGCUCAGAAUAAUCUACAGAUAUUCAGAUGACAUGAAAACUGCAUCCUGGUCAGAUAGAUGGCAGAAUCGUCCAGAAACACAGAGAGAGAUUUCAGAUCUAUAGCCAGGUAUUAAGCAGUCGGAGUUUUUCCUCGGGGCGACAUUACUGGGAAGUGGUAGUCAGUGAGGGGGGAAAAGUGCGAAGUCGGAAUGUGUUAUCCCAGUAUAGAAAGGGGAGGAUUGCAGUCAGGGAUUGGAUUUAAUAACAAGUCC